AACGACACGCGCAGGUUCCUGGCACGUGUUUUGAAGGUGGCCAAGUGACGCCGUUGCCAUGGGAACGGGAACGAUACCGCGUCCUGUUACCAUAGUUACCAUCGAAUUGUAAACAAAAUAGCAGCCGUAUCAACCACGUCUCAGUUUGCAGGCCUAGCUGGCCCCGCACGGUAAUGUCCUUAGUAGCUAGAAAUCGGAACCAAGAAACGGAAACCGACGACGGAGGGGAACUGUUCGAUUCGAAAGAACCGGAACCGGAAACGGCUGCGAGGACCAUUCACGAUUUGUACCAGGAAAUUCAGCGGGAGAUUCGAGGCUAUCGACGGGAGCUUCGAGCGGAUCUAGAGCGGCUGGUGAAGUGCGCCCAAUCGGGUCCGGUUUUUGAGGGGGACCAGGAACACGCUCCGGGAGGAGAGAUUGCCGAUGGACAGCGAUUUCAGCAUUUGUCCAAUGAAGUCAUUGGCAAUCUGAGGAACCAGCUGGAUAUCGUUUGGCAGGAGAAAACAACUUUCGAAAGUCUCUGGAAAAGCUCUCAGAAGACAAUCCAAAUACUGGAGCUGGAGAUCGGUGAAUAUCGGAAGCAGCUGAAACAGCCAAAAAGUAUACAAACGCUCCGGGCCCAGUAUACGGCAGCACUCGAGCUUCUGGAACAGAAUCUGCUGGCCUGCCGAACGAAGCUUGGCCAACAACUCGCGGAAAACAAACGCCUAAAGGGAGAGACCGCAGCUGAACACGACCGGCUGGAAGCACUCGAGCGGGACUUUGCCGCUCUACAAUCGGAACACCAGCAGCUGCAGUCGGAAUUGAACGAGUGUCGGGCUGUUGAAUCACGCCAGGCUGCCGAGCUGCAGACGGCGAUGAAGGAUAAAAGCGAGCUUGAGGCGCUUCUGGAUCAGGCCAACUUCCUGGCCCGGCAGCACAUGGGCCGGGAGAAUCAGGCCCUGGCCAAAGUGCAAGAAGCCCUCCAAAUUGCCGAUACAGCCAUCGAGGAGAAGCACAGCCUGUUGGCCCGGGAGCAGGACGUCCGGGAGGAAUGCAACUUUCUCGCUUCCACCAUCGGCCAAGUGAUGGAGGAAGCUGCCCGGAAGGUGGAACUGGAGAUGAACUCACUCCGGAUGGGGUACGAAAAUAGGAUUACCGCACUCGAGAAACAACUGGAGCAACUGAAGGGUUCUCUUGAGCUGCAAGUGCAGAGGACCGGGCAGGCCGAAUCUCGCGCCACGGCACUGGAGGACAAGUUCAAGAACUUGAUUGUGACGAACCAGAACCUGGAUGCGGAUCUACACGCCGCCUCGAAAUUGAUAAUUGAAAUGGAAUUAAAAUUGGAAGCGUUCCAGAAGACGAUGACCAAGGAGCAGGAAAUCGGCAAAAUGAGGCAAGCGCGGGAACAGGAAUUGCGUCAGCUGCUGGAUUGCAACGAACAGCUGAAGGAGCGCUGGCGAACCGAGAUGCUGACGGUGACCGACGGAUUGCAGCGCAAAAUAGAAGCACUUCGGCGGGAAAAUUGCUUACUCACGGUGGAAAACAAUCAAUUAAAGGAUCAGCUACUGCGGGAGGACGGUGCUGGGAGUGUGGUGGGUGGCCUUCUGCGGCCAUCUCGGGACGGUAAUCCAAUCAAAGGUCCGGAGACCACAGCGGCUAACUCAACACCACCAUCACCGGCACACUGACCUAACCCAAGCAAGACCAAUUCGGAGUGGUCCCCCUUCGGGGAGGGAAGGUGGAUCGAGGAUAAUGAUGUCGAUUUUUUGUUUGGUUCAUCUUUGAAACUGUUAGGCGGCAGCGAGGUAUGAUCGGAUGAUGCUGUGCUGGGGGAAAAAUGUCAUCAUCAUUGUCUCUAUGUGUGUAGCGCAGCGUUCGUUGACAAUCACCGGAACCAGCAGUGAGAGAGCGAAUUUUCUCUGGAGCCACUACGACGAAUGGCGCUAGCUAGUUGAUACUUUUUGCUGCUGCCCCAGCCCCGGUAAAUGGAUAUUUUGUGUUCUCUAGUCAUUAGGAGCAGAUGCGAUGGCAUGGAUAGAACUUUUAAUUAACGCUAUAAAUCUAAAUUGACGUGU